AUGAACCUACCCAAAUUAGCAUACUUGAGCCUACACUCAAAUUUUUUGCAUGGAAAGCUAGAACUUGAGAUGUUUUUGAAGCUUAAAAAGUUAUUUUCUCUUGACUUAUCAUUCAACAAACUCUCAAUAUCCAGUGGAAAAAUUUCUUCUAAUGUGACAGAUUCUCCAAUCUUUAUGUUAAGUUUAGGAUCAUGCAAUAUAGCUGAGAUUCCAACAUUUAUAAGAGAUCUCAGGGAUAUGGAAUAUCUUUACCUGGCAAACAAAAAUAUAACAUCAAUACCUAAUUGGUUGGGGAGAAAAGAAAGUCUACAAUUCUUAGAUGUUUCCCAUAAUUCAUUGACAGGAGAAAUAUCACCAUCCAUAUGCAAUCUCAAAUCACUCGCGCAUCUUGAUUUUUCGUUGAACAACUUAAGCGGCAAUGUUCCUUCAUGUCUGGGGAACUUUAGCCAAUCUUUAGUAAAUCUAGUGCUUAGAGGGAACAUGUUGUCUGACCUCAUUCCUCAAACAUACAAGAUAGGAAACGCCCUUCGGAUGAUGGAUCUCAGCAAUAACAAUCUGCAAGGUCAGUUGCCAAGGACAUUGGUCAACAAUAGAAGGAUAGAGUACUUUGAUAUUAGCAAUAACAGUAUCAACGAUUCGUUUCCAUUAUGGCUAGGAGAUUUAACCGAGUUGAAGGUAUUGGAUUUAAGUUACAAUGAAUUUCAUGGAGACAUUGGAUGUUGUGAAAACAUGACACACACAUUUCCCAAGCUUCACAUCAUUAGUCUUUCUCACAACGCAUUCUCUGGCAGUUUUCCAUCAAAAAUGAUCCAAAGUUGGAAAGCAAUGAAAACUUCUGACACGGGUCAAUUACAGUACGAGCAAGUUUCAGUAUACUCUAGAUCCUACAAGCCAGAAAAAUUUUCAGCGGCAAUGCAUAUUUUUUAUUCAUUCACAAUAUCAAACAAAGGGCAUAUCAUGGUUUAUGAGAAGCUUCAAGAGUUUUAUAGCAUGAUAGCCAUUGAUAUAUCAAGCAACAAAAUCAGUGGAGAGAUACCAAAAGUCCUUGGCGAUUUGAAGGGUCUUGUUUGGCUCAACUUGUCAAAUAACAACUUUGUUGGUAGCAUUCCAUCGUCUUUAGGGAAGCUUUCAAAACUUGAAGCACUUGACCUUUCUUUCAACAGUCUUUCAGGGAAGAUUCCCCUAGAGCUGACACAGCUCACAUUUCUAGAAUUUUUGAAUGUGUCCUUCAACAAUCUCGCAGGACCUAUACCACAAAAUGAGCAAUUUUCUACAUUCGAAGGAAAUUCAUUUGAGGGUAACCAAGGUUUGUGUGGAGAUCAAUUGAUAAACAAGUGUAUAGAUCAUCCGGGGACAUCAAGCUCUGAUGAUGGUCAUGACUCGGAAUCUUUCUUUGAAAUUGAGUGGAAAGUAAGUCUCAUUGGAUAUGUUGGUGGUCUUGUUGCUGGAGUGGCAUUGGGAACCACUUACAGCUCACAGGUACUUAGGUGGCUUAAAAGGUUCUUUUGA